AUGGAACAGCCAAGAGCUGAAAACAACGACAGGCAUAACCAUGAGGAUCCAGAUACUGUCAGGAACCUUCCUAAUCUGAAGACAGUGUCAUGGAUGAAGCAAUUUACUUGGACUGUUUGGAAAAACAAAAUCAUUCUGACCCGCCGUCCCAUUCCCUUGAUCUUUUUGCUCAUCAGUGGCAUUCUUUCCGCGCUACUUUCUUGGUCCGUGGGUCAAGAUGCUGACGAUGUGAUCUAUCCUACAUUCAGUGAAUGCGGAACUUGGGAUCCAGGCUUUGCUGGAACAGUCCAAAAUAUGGAUUGGGAAGAACGAGACAAGAUUCAACUUUCCAUGAACGAUCAAUGGCGCAGCGGCCUUCCAGUUGCUUUGAUGAUGUUGGGACCUUGUCUGAAUGCGAUCAUUUCCUUUGUCUUUGUUCACAAUGAGAUUCAUUCGCAGCUGUUUGGAGUCCUUCGAUCCCUUGGGUUGAGAGAUAGCGUCUACUGGGCUUCCUGGUAUGUCCCGUUUACAAUCAUUGCCUGCAUCAAUUCUCUAUUGGCAGCUGUGACCUGCCAGUUCCUUCCUGGAAAUGUGUACGAAUCGGUCUACUUUGGUGGGGUGUUUACAUCCAUGUUCUUGUUGCAACUUGCGUUGAUCCCUUCCGUCUUUCUUUUGGCCGCUCUAUGCGGUACAAAGCGAAAAGCAGUGGCCAACUUUACCAUAUUUUUGCUCCUAUGUUCGGCUUGGGUUCCAUUUAUGGUCCAAAGUGCUCAAUCCAUGCCACCAAGUGCCUUGGACUACAUGUGGAAGAAUGAGAUGCCAAAAGGUCUCUUUUGGUACUACACAUCAACGCUGGACAUUCGACAGGACUACAGCUGGCAAGAAAAUUACAAUUGGACCGAGCAUUUUGAAGACCCCUUUUCUACCUAUCCUCCAGCACAAUACGAUGCGUGCAACACGCCAGUGUUAAGCGAGUAUCAAGGAACUAACCCAAAGCCAGAAAACGGCGAAGAGCGAGACAAUGUCCAACCAGAAGAAAUCUUUGUCGGAUGUUACUCGGCUGCAUCAUGGAGCGUCAAGAUAUGGCAUGACGAUGACAUGAUUACAAGAAUAGCAAUGUUCUUUUUCCCAUACUUUCACUUUCAAAAUGUAUGGGGACACUUUGUGGGAUACACCAGUCUACCAGACAACAAGUUCACUGCGGCGGAAACAUCUCUUUCUGCCGGAGAACUGGCCAUCAAAGCCCUUCCUACUAGCAACAUUAAUCCGUUGCUCGCAUUUGAUUCCAAACUGGCACCUCAAGGAUCUACCUUUGUCCUUGGGCGAUACGACGUAUACAACUACGAUUGGAAAAAUCCUACCACUGUGUGCCCCGCGGCGAACCCAAGCACAGGAAACUACGGAUUCUGUGGCGAUUCCUACGGCAACUGUAUGUACGUCAAGGAUCCUGGCCCCAUGCAGUCGACACCCACCACCAAUGACAUUUUCGGAUACCUUAUUUUGCUGUGCGUCAUGUACCUUCUAUUGGCUGCUUAUUUUGCACAAGUACUUCCAGGAAUGAACGGCCGAGGCGAGCCAUUCUAUUUCCCAUUCCUUCCAAGCUACUGGUUUGGAAAGCGAGGCAAGAAAGACGACAAUGAUGAUGGUGAUGAUGAACACAAUGAGAGUGAAGUUGGUGUUGGUGUUCACAUUGACAAUGUCAAAAAGAAGUAUGGCAGCUUUGAGGCGCUGAAAGGAGUAUCGUUCCAUAUGGCGGCUGGCGAAGUAACCGCUUUGCUAGGUCACAAUGGGGCUGGAAAGACCACUCUAUCGAAUAUUCUUUGCUGCAAUAUCGGAUCUACGAGUGGAAAUAUCCGUGUCUUUGGUCAGGACAUUGGUGAAGAUCCUUUCGCUAUUCGGCAAAUGGUUGGGCUCUGUAAGCAAGACGAUUACUUAUGGCCGACGCUUUCGGCCAGGGAACAUUUGGAACUCUUUGCGGGUCUUCGUGGAAUCACCAAGGAGAAGCUAGAAGCAACAGUUAGCGUGUGGCUUCGUAGCGUCGAUCUGGAAGAAGUUCAGCUUCAGUAUGCCUCCGCGUAUUCUGGUGGAAUGAAGCGUCGUUUGAGUUUGGCACUGGCAACCAUCGGUGACAGGCCAUUGAUUAUUCUAGACGAGCCCACUACAGGAAUGGAUCCUGUCAGUCGUCGAUUUGUCUGGAGGCACAUUGACCAAAUCAAGGAUGGCAGAGUCAUUCUUUUGACGACGCAUGCAAUGGAAGAAGCAGACCUCCUUGCUGAUGAAGUCGCAAUUAUUCGAGACGGGGAGCUUGCAGCCUUUGGCUCGCCACUACAACUCAAGGCUGAACAUGGCACUGCUUUGCAAUUCUCAUUGUUGCUUGAUCAAGACAAAGUCAAGGACGCCGCGGCUUACAUCGAGACAUUCUUCAGUGCUACCAAGGAAUCCGUUCAAGUGGAUUCUAGCAACCCUGGGUCGAUUACUGUGAAAAUCCUCAAUAUGGCAGAUGGCGAGGAAUCUGAUGGUGUGAAUGCUCACACUCUGUCAGACUUCGUUACUUGGCUGGACAGCGCCGAAUCUUCCGUGAAGGAAUAUGGCUUCUCCAACAGUUCGCUGGAAGAAGUCUUCUUGGCUGUAACUGGCACUCACAGUCAGUCAACUGAAACUGAAACUAGCGCUGGCGAUGACGAAGGCAAUACAGUCAUUGUGCCUGAUGUUGAAGAAGGCGAAGCCAAUGAUAUUGACAUUCAACCACCAAUGACUACAUUCGAACCCAAGAUUUCUUUCGGAAACCAAACCAUCACUAUAUUCAUGGACAUGUGGACGAGAUCGUGGGGUAGAGGAGCAUUUAUCAACUACAUCAUCUACGGUAUCUUUGUCGCAGGUUGCCUACUUACUGGCUUCGGAGUUGCGAACGACUAUGAUCCUACUAGUCUUUUUGGUGUUGUGGUGCUGUUAGCUUCGCUUAUCCUCACUAGCAUCAUUGGUCCAGUCUAUUCCGACAAGGCGGAAGGCCUGUUCUACUUGAUGCAAAGCCAAGGGCUGCUGUCGAGAGCGUACGUCGCUGGUAUCAGUCUGUAUGGCUUCUCUGUAUACCUCGUGUAUGGAUUGAUAAUUCUUGGCGGGUUCUAUGGCACAAGCAUGUUUAGAGAACCCAUUGAAUGCCCAUAUGGUGAAGACGAAUGGGGGUACUACCGCGAUAUCUGCGAGGUCAAUGACUGGGAGAAACCGUGGGGGUCUGUGCCAAAUCAAAACUUGCUCAGGUUGAGCUUCGAAGAUCAGUACGACGAGCAGUAUGUGUCACUUCGUGUUUCCAGAUCUCCCGGAGGUUUCGGCAUGAUUGUUGCCAUCAUUUUUUGCUUUGCAUUAACUGGUGUCGGCGCCGUCCUAACCACAGCAUUCUUACCAGGAUACAGGAUCCCACUUGUCUCUGUCAUGCUUUUCAUUCUCGUUUCGAGUUUUUGGCCUACAAUCGAUGCAAGAGUCCUAUCUGAGUACGACUAUAGGAUCUGUGAAAAUAUGACUGACCCGGAGCUUGUUUGCCAAUCAACGCUAUAUCCGAACAACACCGCCGAAGAAAUCUUGAAUUGUGCUGGAUUGCAGAUCAGCAGUUCGGGAAUUGGGCACUACUGCAUGGAUCCCGCUGCUUCACUUUUGCCCCAGAUCUCGCUAUUACAAUCUCUCAUCAUGGCUUAUUACUCCCGAGUAACAUUGGUCUCACAACCCGAAAAAUAUGUAGAACAGGUGUUGAUACCCAGCUUCGAGGGCGUGUCUUGUGACGGAAACACCUGCGAGUUUCCGUUGGCCAACCAAAUUUUCCGCGAGAACAUGCUUUUCAUGUUUCUCGGGGCUAUCAUUUUGCUUGUCUUGGGUAUUUUCUUGACAUGCCUGUUGGCAUUCCCGUUCGGACCGUUUGUUUACAUCCGGCGCCUUUUCCGAUCAAUUACCGAUGCCGUGCUGUGCAAGAAUACGAAAAGUACCACAAUGCCGAACAAUUCUGGCGAUAAGGAUGAUGCCGGGCUUGAAGAGGUGACUCAAGAGCGCCAAACAGUGACUUCGUUGUGCCAAGAGUUUGUAUCCGGAGAAGGAACCCAAAGCUCGCCUCUCAAGAUUGAUAUGAAUAAAGUUUCUCGAAAUGAUGUUCCUCCCGUUGUUACGAGAGGAUUGCGCAAAGUGUAUCCUGCUCUCGGAGGUAGGCCACCCAAAGUUGCCCUCAGAGACCUUGAUUUGCACGUUCCAAAGGGGCAAACGCUUGGGUUGCUAGGAAAAAAUGGCGCUGGUAAGACAACUGCCUUGAAAAUCCUUGCAGGCGCACACGAGUCAACGUCUGGGGUUGGUAUGGUGGUAGGAUACAAUUGCAACACUGACAAGCUCAACAUCUUUGAAAGGUUGGGGAAUUGUGCCCAAUUCGACGUAGUAUGGAAGAAGCGAUCGGUCCGCUAUCAUUUGGAGUUUUUCGCCAUGUUGAAAGGAGUUCCCCGUAGCAAAGCGACGGAAGUCGCUCGCAAUGCAGCGACUGCGGUCGGUUUAAAGUCAUUGGAAAUGUUCCAUCGAAAGGCGGGGGAUCUUUCGGGUGGAAUGCGUCGACGACUCUCGAUUGCAAUCUCGUUGAUCGGAUCACCAAAAGUGAACAUCUUGGAUGAACCAACAACAGGACUCGAUCCUUCGACAAGAAACUCGAUUUGGAAACUCAUCAAAUCCUUUUCAUCUACUGACAGAAGUACUAUCAUCACUACCCACAUGAUGAUCGAGGCAGAUACGCUCUGUGACCGCAUUGCGAUUGUAAAGGAUGGCGCACUGAAGGUGAUUGGGACACAACAGCAUCUCAAAGACAAUUUCGGUUCGGGGUACAACUUGCAACUGAAUUUGGUCAAGAGUACAGAGGAGUAUCAGGAGAAGGCCAUGUCAUUUGUUCGUCAGAAUGUCCAUGCACAAGCUGUACUAGCACUCCGUCAAGCAAAGACGUUGCAUGUGUCAUUGCCCAGAGACUUGAGAUUGGAACGAGUAUUCCGUGCACUGUACAGCAAGGAACGUGAAACUGAAGGAGGAAUCAAUCAGUUCUUGCUGUCCCAAUCGUCACUAGAGGACGUAUUUGUGAGAAUGAGCGAAUAG